GAAUCUAGAGAGAGAUCUCAGCAUGAGAGCAAAAAAUACACACCCACACCCACACCCACACCCACACAUCUACUUCUACUUCCAUUAACACUAUACUACCUUUGGUUUCUCUCUCUCUCCUCACCCACCUCAUAAAAACCUGCAAUUCUACCACACACCACCUCCAAUUCCUACCCUUCUCUCUCUCUCUGCUGAUGAUAAUGGCAAAGCCAUUGUAAUUCUCAAGAUUGAUCUGCAGAGAUAUAAACAAACUACAUCUUGUUCCACAGCUUGGUGAUUUUCUUGGGGAUAAUAUAAUGGAGUUGAAAGGAGAUGUAGCAGAAGUCCAACAACAGCAACAUUUCCAUGUGCUGGCAGUGGAUGAUAGCCUUAUUGACAGAAAGCUUUUGGAAAAGCUCCUAAGAAUUUCUUCAUGCGAAGUGACCUGUGUGGAAUCCGGGGAUAAAGCUCUGAGAUAUCUGGGUCUGCUUGAUGACUUCGACAAAUUUUCUUCUUCAUUUUCUCCCCCACAAGUCUCCCAACAACAGGAAGUCAAAGUCAACCUAAUCAUGACAGACUACUGUAUGCCUGGGAUGACUGGUUAUGAUCUACUCAAACGACUCAAGGGAUCUUCCUGGAAAGAUGUUCCUGUUGUUGUCAUGUCAUCAGAGAACGAGCCUUCAAGAAUCAACAUGUGCUUGGAAGAAGGGGCAGAGGAAUUCCUUUUGAAGCCUCUUCAACUAUCAGAUGUAAAGAAGCUUGAGCCUCACCUUCAGAAAUCGCUCAGCCGUUCUUCUGCAGAAAUAAAGGAAGAAACCGUCGGAAUCGGAAUCGAAAUCGAAAUCCCUGCUCCCGACGCCACUGACGACGAAAACAACUCGAAAGAAGACAGUAACAAUACCUUCAGCAAGAGAAAGGCCGCGGCUCCGGAACCGUCCGAAAGAAGACCAAAACUGAAAGAGUUGCAGGCGGCGGUGUAAGCGAUAUAGUGCGAGGAAUCCGGCCGCCAUUAGCACGUAAAUGGAUGGCUAUGGUGGUGUCGCACGCAUUUCGCCGAACAUCUGUGCUGCAUUUUAGAGUUACUGCGGAUUACAGAGAAAUUUUUAAGGCGAAAAGGGGAUUUUGGGGUGUAAAAUGGUCCUUGUAUACUGUUUACUCUAAUGGCUGUUUUGGUUGAAGAUGAUGGAUGAAUCUCCCAAAAUGGGAUGUUUUCGAGGGGAA